UCGUUUAUUGUUUGUCCGGUUGAAUAAGUGUCUCAUAGUGGUUUUUUUACCAUUACGAGUUUUAUUUGUGAUAAAAUGAUGAAAAUGCUGAUAAUUUUCUGAUUGCCCGUUUUAAAUUUGUGGAGAAUAAUAUAAAUUGGUCUAUUGGUGAAAGAAUAUAAACGAAAUUUGCAUCAGCCAUCAGCUCCAUACAAUAAUAGCAGAAUGCCAUCAACACAUCUCAACCUAAGAGAGGAUGAUGUAGUUCGCUUGGCUUUGGAAUUUCUUCAUAAUAGAGACUUACAUAUUACACAAUUAUCCUUAGAAAGAGAAACUGGUGUUAUUAAUGGCAACUAUGCAGAUGAUGUACUGUUUUUACGACAACUUAUUUUGGAUGGGCAAUGGGAUGAUGUACUGGAAUUUAUACAGCCACUCAGUACCUUAAAAGCAUUUGAACUAGAUAAAUUCAAUUACGCCAUUCUGCGUCACAAAUACAUAGAGCUCCUUUGUAUAAGAUCUGAAAUUAAAGCUUACAAUAAUGUAGAAAAUAUUGUAGAUGAAGUAGUGAAAGUUUUAAGUGAUUUAGAGAAAAUUGCUCCUUCCAAAGAAGAGUACUCAAAUUUAUGUCUAUUGCUGACUCUACCCAGUAUUACAGACCAUGCACAAUUUAAAAAAUGGAAUCCAAGCAAUGCUAGAGUUCAAUGCUUCAGAGAAGUGUAUCCGCUUGUUGAAAAUUUCCUACCCUGCGAUAAAAAGUCAAGUGGCGUAGUAGCAAAAUCUGCCAAGAAUGAUAGAUUAAUGCAGUUGCUAAUAAAAGGCAUUUUAUAUGAGUCAUGCGUAAACUAUUGUCAAGCUAAAGCUACGGGUUCAAAGGAAGCUCAGUGUAAUGAUGUCCAAUUUUCGCGACUGUUAGAUGGUUCAGGUUUUGAUGAAUCAGAUCUAAGUCUGUUAUCUUGGCUUCAAUCAAUACCCGCUGAGACAUUUAGUGUCCCUUUUGAACAAAGGAUGUUAGAUGUUGAUGUUGAAAAGUUAGAGCGCCCAUCUUUGCACACAUCCUGGACUGAACACAUGCUAGUUACCCCAAUUAAACCUCGCACUUUUCCCCACUUAGCAAUGCCAUUCAGGCGACCUAGAUCAGCUGCUGAUGCAAUGACAAGAUCUUUGAGACCAUUGCCAGAUGGAGCUCCACGACACCCUGCUCUCAUGGCUUUGUCUGCUAUAGACUAUGGCCCAUCUUCAUCUUAUUUUGCUGGUUUUCAUCUCACUGGCAUAAAAGGAAACAAAUUAAUGAACACAUCAGUGGAUCGGCUUUUUGAUAAUAAAAAUAAUGAAAGUAUUUACAAUGGCCUCAAUGAGUCUUUGAAACCAAUUGAUGAACAAUUGAAGCCAAUUGGAGAGUCAAAAACAAAUGAAAGUAGCAUUGGUGCAUCGACAGCCACAACGCCUGAGCAUAGAGGACAGGAUUAUUCUGUAUCUACGUCUAUUUCAACAACUGCCCCACCACCAGAGCGUUUGACCCAAACUGAACGAAUGCAACAAACCCAAAUUGCUGCACCAGUUGAUGGGGAUUUUAGACGUGAACUGUUGAAAGAGUAUCAAAUACAAAAGCAACGAGAAUGUGAUGAUUAUCUCCGAAAUCUGUGCUCUUCAGAGAUUAGACAGAACCCUGUGGAAGAAAAUGAAUCUGCUUCAGUACUUCCCGUAACUGUUAAAUUCAGUCCAAAACCAGUGCCUGAUGUGAAGCAAAAAAUGAACGACCAAGUACAUAUUAGGCAAAAUGAGAUGACCGAUACAAUGGAUGCGCAAGAUCCUAUGAACGUGCAGAACAGAAAUGGCGGCCUUCAAUCUGCUCCAUUGUCCGCACCAAACGCCGUGCCUGAAAGUAAUGGAUCGAGACCAAUGUUCAAGCCUGUCACGGUGUUGGAGGAUCUUCAAGCGGUGAGGUGUGCCGAGUUCCAUCCAAACGGAAAGCUCUACGCGGUCGGAUCUAAUACGAAAACCCUGAGGAUAUGCACAUACCCAAAGAUUGAUGAUGUCAAGGAUACAAUUACUCCGUCAGCGCCGCAGGUUUUAUUAAAGAGGACGAAACAUCACAAAGGCAGCAUCUACUGCCUCGCUUGGAGUCCAGCUGGAGAUCUACUAGCGACCGGAUCGAACGAUAAAACAGUAAAGUUGAUGAGAUUUAACAGCAAUAACUGCAAUCUGGAAGGACAAGAAGUUGAACUAACGAUGCACGAUGGCACAGUUCGCGACGUCUGCUUCAUAGAAGAUACCUCGAACAAAACCAGUCUUCUUGUGAGCGGUGGUGCCGGCGAUUGUAAGAUCUAUGUUACUGACUGUGCUACAGGAAAACCAUUCCAGGCACUCAGUGGUCAUUCGGGACAUGUACUCUCUCUGUAUAACUGGGGAGGUGCAAUGUUCGUAUCGGGCAGUCAGGAUAAGACUGUCAGAUUCUGGGAUCUACGUACAGGUGGCUGCGUCAACGUAAUAUCACCACCGAUGGGACACCCUGGCAAAGGUUCCGCUGUAGCAUCCCUAGCAGUGGAUCCAAGUGGCAGGCUCCUAGUGUGCGGUCACGACGAUGGCUCGUGCGCAUUGCACGAUGUACGUGGCUCGCGUUCCCUACAACGUUUCACUCCUCACUCGAGUGAUGUCAGAAGUGUACGUUUUUCACCUGGCGCGUAUUAUCUCCUCACUGCGGGAUAUGAUGGCCGAGUUGUGCUUACAGACUUACAGGGUGACCUUACCUGUGCGCUGUCGAGCGUCCCCAUAGCGCGCCACCCGGAUAAGGUGAUAUCAGCAAGAUGGCACCCAGAUGACUUCUCAUUCCUCUCGACGUCUGCCGAUAAGACUGCAGUACUAUGGACUAUACCACCCAUAUAAACCUCGGUAUCGAAACAGCCAAUUUCUAUAAUGUACAUUUUAUAAGUCCCGGCGCGUAACUUGGUAAGAUCGCGACUGAAUUUCGCGCAGUACCACUUCUUUACAAAUUGUUCUCCGGGAAUUAUAUAGUAGUAGUGGAACAAAUUUUAAAUUUUAACACACAAAAUUGGCGUAUUAUUGACUCGGAACGUUUUAAAAAUUUAUAUAUUAAAAUUAAAAAGUGACUAUCGAAAUUGUCUAAUAAAUAAAAUGAUUCCGUUUUAAAUGUUUACAGUAUUUAUCACGAAUUAUUUUGUUUUUACAUUUUAUAUGACAUCAAUGGCAAUAUUUGCGAUUUUUAUAACAACAUUUUCAAUCUCAUAGUAAAAAGUUUAAGUAUUUUAACAAUUAAGUUUAAUUUAAUGAUGCUUUAAUUACGGCCUGUUGUGAUUUAUGAUGAAUGAUUUUAUCGAUCUGAGUGCACAAAUAAGUCGCAAAGACUCUUUAGUUAAGUUUAUGUUAUUAACUUAUUCACUUUGAAUUAAGAUAAUUUUUGGUUUAACCCUACUAAGCCGUGAAGCCUUAACUCAUACGGGGACACAUCGUGUUGUUAGAAUGCUGUCAAGUGACUUAAAAUACAAUUUAGCCCCAAAAUUUAAUAUUACUCGAAUUGGACGCUAUUUUAAUCGUCGAUUUAAAUAUGCUUGCUUUAAUAUCGUUAGAUUAUGUUUUAUUUUAUUUAAUGCCUAAUAAUUUUAAGAUUAUGUGUAUACGACAUUGGUAUUUUUCGUCAUCAAUCAAAAAUGCCUAAUGAAGCGUUUUAAUUUAUUUGUUAUUGGAAUUCAAUUGGGUUAUUGUGUGUAUUAUUAAAUGUAACGGCUCAAAAAAGAUAUUUUAAUGUUUAAUUUAUAUGUUACUUUUGUCCGAACAUUAGUUUUAAGAUUUUAAAGUCAUCAUAUAAUUCCAAUGUGGUCGCUUAUAGACGCAUCGUUAAAAACUAAAUCAGAUUACCUGUUUUAAAUGAGGGUAUAUCUUUUCGUCACAGCGUAAUCCCAAUUAAGAGGAGACGAAUAGGUGCGCAGUUGAAACAGAGCAAUCGAGUGAUUUAGAUUUAAUGGCAGCGAGCUCAUUGAAAUAUAACGAACAAACAUGUAUGUGCUUUUAUUAAACUUAUUAAAAGCUCUUUUUGCUUUGUGAAUAUGUGUAUUUGACUGACUAUUUUGACAAUUAUCUUUAUACGUAAAUAUCUUAUUUGUUCAGUUACCACAGCGUUGUAACAUUUAUACAAACUUUUAACACAUGUUAUAUGAUAUUUUAACGAACUCAUAAUAAGCGGAAAUUUGUAAGUAGUCAAACGAAAUAGAUUGGGAAGCCGUCUCUAAUGUACGGCUUAUUUCAACUGUUUGUUUCAAACGUAUAUUCGCUUUAUAAACCUCCACUAAAUACGGCACGAUGUCUUUUCAUGUAAAAUGUUAACAAAUACUAUUAGCGCGGUUAGUUAGGUUGUUUAGAUUUUAGAUGUUAACAGAAUGCCAAAACAGAAAUUAUUUCCCAACACACCCAAAUUUCGUAUGCUGAACAAAAUCUUAAGGAAGAUUAAAAAUAGCAAGAGAAUGUCGUUAUUAAGAUUUGGGAAAGAAUUCGCGAACUAACGAUGAAAAUUUAUUGACAAAAAGAAGGUUGUCCCUAAUCUUUAAUUGUAUUUCAACGAGAACACUUUAGUUCAGAGUGUUGCUACAUCACCUUUGGAACUUACGAAAACUAUAGCGUAUAAAUGACAAUGUACGUAAAUAUAUGAAGAAGAAACGACUUCAUUAUGACGAAGCAAGACCAGCGGAUAUAUUUCUAAAGGUAUAUAAAUUCAUUGAAUCAAUUAGUUUGUUGGCUUCAGCCGUUUAAUUUCGACUUUAGUCUUUUUAAAGGUUUCUUUCGGUAUUGGCAAAUCAAAAUAACUGCUAAUUAUAACGCGUUUAGGCAGACUUUUUAUACUGCCAAUACGCCAUUCCUUAACGAAUCCAAAGGCUAUUUUCAUAGUAAAUAAUGAAGAUGGAUAUGAGUAAAGAUAUAGUGGCCCUUGUUAAUUAUUUUUUCUUUAUUCUCGUCUGCCUUCUAUCCAUGGCCCUCUGACAAAGCUCCAGAUGUUUUCUAUGGAGUACGGUGAGUGCCAUGAUUCACAUCCAUAAUGACUGGAAGGAUGCAAGUGUUGAACGCUUUUGUUUUUGUCCAUAUGCAUCACUCAAUAGACGUCAUUUGUUAUAGUAACCAGCACUUCCUCGUUGCACUAAUAUUACUUCUGUUAUUUUCCUUAGCGGUUCGUUCGAAGAAAAUGUCCUAGUUGGCAGUUUUUAAUAGUUUUCUUUUGGUCUAUUAUAGCUGAUUAUGGAAAAUAGAAGGCGUUUACAUUUCGCAACUUUGCAUUUUGAAGUUGUUAAAACAAAAAAGCCACGAUACCUCUCCGAUAAGUUUUUUUAACAUAUCCGACCAGGUCUGCCUUGCAACAUAUGAUGAGCAUUGUCAUUGUUUAUAAGACAGCGGCUUUCAGAGGGAGUUUUAGGUACAGUGUAAUAAACAUUUUGUAACAACCUCCCUCCGCCAUUGCGCAAUUCUGAAUAUGCUUACUUUUAUAGUCGAGUAUAAAUAUUAUCAAUUUCUGCUGCAAAUGGAAGGGAGGGACCACCUGUACCCUGUGAAUGAUGCCUGAUACAAUUUGUUAUUAAUUAUAUCGUCUACGAAUAUACUACUACUAAGGUCAUCACAGUUUUGUUUAUAGAAGAUGCUCUCUAGAAGACGGAUGUCUUUGUUUUAAGGCUAAAAAUUAAACCUUAUUCUUGUGAUUAAGGAGGUUUCAAAUACCGGUAUUGCUUAAUGUGAAUUGAAGCCUUAUCUAUACACCAUAAUCAAUUAGCUAUUGGACGCAUCGUCAUUAUUCCUCAUUAAUUAUGUACAGUGUAAACUCUUUACAACGAAUUUCAAGGGUCCGAGCAUUUUUUUUCGUUUUAUAGGUUAAAAAGGCCAAAUUACAAUAAUUUCUUAUUUUAUUACUUUCAAUAGGGAAAUUAUUCUAAACACAUAAUCUGUCAACUUGGCCUGGCGUGUUUUGCUAUGCCAAUAUUUGUUUUGUAUUUUUUAAAUUAAAUUGGACAUGACUUGGAAUGUGGUGGAAUCAUCUUCAUGAAACAAUAAGAAUUUUUCUAGAAAGUGUUAAUGCAAACAAUAACAAUGGCGAGACGGCUGUUUAUUACCUCAGGUGUCUUUCUUAGAAAUAUCGGCAUCUCAACAGUUUAGUUUUGUAAGCUGAUUAUAAAAGCAAUUAUACUCAAGUAUGUUCUUGAUGUCUAAAUAUGAAAAUAUUUCUUCGUAAUUGUCUAUUACGAAGAAAUAUUUUCUUUGGCUAAUCUGGCUGUUGCGUUAUAAAGUGUGAAUCAAUCAACAAAUUUAACUAAUUUUUGCGUUAAAAAGACUUUUUCGUUAUAACGAAUGACGUUAUAAAGAGUUUAGUAUUUAGCUUUGUGAGUAGGAUAAUAAAAAGACCGAGAUGCUUUCAUUUGCGUCAAUUGAUGUCUCGCGAGAAAAUAAUGGAAAGUUGCCGAGUUUGAGUUAUACGCCAUAGUUUUUGAUUAUUCGAGAAAUUGAAUCAAAAAUACCAUGCGAUGUAUAUGAUGCUUUAACCAUGUUUGAACCAAAUUUGUCACAGCUGAGGCUUUUAAUGUAAGUAAUUUGCUGGGUGGUUAAAUUUUGUUAUAAAUAUUCAUUACUAAGACUAUAUGCGCAAAUGUUAAAAUCUAUGUAAUUUGAUAAUGGUGCUGCCUCUCAUAGUACUAAGUUUCUGUAUUUUACGAUAUGAUCUGAAUUGAGAAUUUUUUAGCAAGAAGCUAUUUAGAUAAUACUUAAAAAAAAAAUUGCAGAAUAAAUUUUAAUAUAACAGACAGAUAGCACCAUUUUCAUGAAAGACCUGUACAUAUGUAUCAAGGCUUCAACAUGUAAUCGUUUUACUAAAUGUUUUAAAUCAGCGCCGGUAUUUUGUAACUAAAUAGCGAAUGUGAUCUCCGCUUCAAUGUGCGUAUUCGCGAUCCCAAGGAUGUGAACACAAGCGCUACCAAUAUUAAGAGUAUGUAAAUUGCAUAGACAUUGGAAGUUAUAUAGUACCGGUGCAGCUUGCUAUGCUUUGUACUAAAUAUAAGCGCUUAAAUUGUAUCGAUUAUUUAUUAAUAUAAUCUUAAAGAUUGUUAGAAACGUAAUUGUAACGCAAUUUAAUUGUGUAAGCUAUGCACAAAUUGUUAAAACGAAUACUUAACCUCGAAAAUUAUAGAAAUUUGACAUUAUGGUAUAUAUUUUAUGUAUUUUGUUAUUCCAUUACUGUAUGUUUAACGAUUAACAUAGUACAGUAUAUUUGUUAAACCGAAUUUCAUUAACGUGAAUUGUAUCCCCUAUAGUAAGAAUAUAAUCCCUUAUUUACA